GCUGUGACACUGUCGAGCAGUUCCUGUGACUGGGUAUUUGGCAAUGAGUAAUCUCAGUAUACUGUGCGUAUACUCAUGAGACGCCCUCCUUCGCAAUCAUGGACGAUAUCGCGGGGUUGAAAUGGACGUCAACCCCGGCCGAUGGACAGAAACACCCAACAUCCACAUACACUGCUUUUUCUACACUGAAACCUACUCCACCGGCCUCAGGACGAGCUACUCCCUUAAAUGGUUCAUCAGGCCAUCCUCCAUCGAAAUCAACGACUCCGGUAAACGACAGCUUCGCGAACCUCAUUUCCUUCGCAGCCGGGCCGAAUAAGAACCUAUCGCUUCUAGAACAGCAAAAGAGGCAGGCAGAGGCAAGGCAACGGCAACAACAGAUAGAGAGCCAGAAACAAAAAGAGCAAUAUACUGGUGGCGAUGAUCAAUUUUGGAACAAUCUGGGUAGUGGUGGACGUACACCCGUAGCCGACGCUUCAAAGGAUGCCACGACCAACUUGACGAAGAACGCGCCCAAUGAUGAUGAGGACGAUCUGUUUGCUGUAUUCAACAAGCCUGCUACAAGUCAGAGUGACUCUAAUACAGCGCCCUUACAGCCGAAUACACCGAGCUAUGAAGACGAUGACCCGUUUGGGCUUUCGGAAUCGAAACCGCGGAGCAGAGAUACCGGAGCUAUCGCUUCCACUCUUGAGGAUGACGAUGAUGUGCUUGGGCUGCUUGGGAAACCCGCAUCUGCUCGACCUAAGGCGGAAUUGCCUCCUCCAGAACAGGAGAAGCACGUUGCUGAACUUCAUCCACAGGACAAGGCCAUCGCCGAGCUUGUCGAGAUGGGAUUUCCUGCGAUCAAAGCACGACUUGCUCUAGAGGCCACUGAAUCUGGCACCGACGUACAAGCUGCUGUAGGCCUUUUAUUGAAUCAAGCGCAUGCCGAAGCAAGAAAGCAAACGCAAGCUAGAGACCCGAGCCAAACGGCAGACACGGAUGGCGUGCGAGGGGGCAGCCGGCCAGGAUCAGAAGCCUCGAGGCGACAAAUGCACUAUGACGAAGGAGAUAGGGCUCGGAAGCGACAACAAGCUCCAUCAUCAGCCGCAGAAGAAGGCUUUGAACAAAUGGCAGCAGAUUUUGGCAGCAACUUCUUGAAAACAGCAGGGUCGUUAUGGAAGCAAGGCACGAAACGAGUACAGCAGGCUGUCCAAGAACUCAACUCUGACAGUGACUCUUCGAGCCAACCACGCUGGAUGCGAGAAACAGAAAAGCCACGCAGAGCCGACGCUCCGUCACAUGCAAGAGAUGAUGUAUCUGGCACAGGUCGACCAAGGAGACGAAGUCCUGAAGUCCAAAAGCCAUCUACUGUGACGGACGAGGCCAUGAUGCUUGAAUCCAGUCGACCAACUCCUCCGCUACGGCCCACAGCCUCGUCAAGGCAAGACCGACAGUUUGACUCUAGUGCUGGCACCUCUCGCGAUCACUCUCCGGCUAUGCCGUCACGAUUGAGAGAGUCAAUCCCAACAAAACAACCUGCUUUCCUCCGGCAGCAAACUCCAUCGCCCGCCGGAACAUCGCGCUCUACAUUAAACAGAACAGCAGCUGAGGAUCAAGCCGCUCAAGCAUAUGUCAGUUCUGCUCGCAGACGAAAACCUCAACCUGCAGCUCAGCCAUCUAUCUCUGGCCCUGAACCUAACCUUCUCGAGGGCAGCUUCAGAGGUGUUGCUCCUCGCGUACAGCCGCCGCUCAAGAUAGCGACUAAUCCCGUAUCUCGACCUCAGUCCCAACCCGUGAGACGCGCAGAAACACCGGUCCGGCCACCACCACCAACGCGCACCAUCCCCACCGUCUCCGCCAUCAGCCUGCAAGCAUGCCAUUCUCACCGUGAGAAGGGCAAUGAGCACUUCAAGCGCGGCGACUACUCCUCCGCCCAUCAAUCUUAUGGCACGUCUAUCUCGCAUCUCCCUGAUAGCCACCCUCUUUCCAUAGUCCUCCUGACUAACCGGGCUCUUACCGCACUAAAAAUCGGUGAGCCCAAGACUGCCAUCUCCGAUGCGGACAGGGCCAUGGCUGUCAUCGGCUCGUCCAAAGGCGAAUCGGAGUCCAUCGACUUCGGCAAUGGGAAGGACGCGCCCAAAGCUAUGCGCGAGUACUACGGCAAAGCGCUCAUGCGCAAGGCUGAAGCACUCGAGCAGAUGGAGAAAUGGGCCGAUGCAGCCGUCGUCUGGCGCGAGGCCGUCCAGGGCGGGCACGGCGGUGCCACCAGUAUCCAGGGCCGCAUGCGUGCUGAAAAGGCGGCGAAUCCGGGAGUUGCGAAAGCCAAACCCAGACCUCCUAUUGCUACUGCGAGAAAGCCAGCAUCAGCGCCUCCUGGUCGGCUUACGUCGACUGUGCCGGCUGCAGCAGUGACGCGGCUCAGGGCAGCGAAUAUGGCGGCUGAACAAGCGGACGAUGAGAAGUUCCGGCUGGCUGAUUCGGUCGAUGAGCGCAUACAAGCCUGGAAAGGUGGCAAAGCGGACAACCUGCGCGCCCUUCUCGGCAGUUUGGACAAUGUGCUCUGGGAGGAGUCCGGGUGGAAGAAGAUCAGCAUGGCGGAUCUGGUGUUACCAGCAAAAGUGAAGGUGCAAUAUAUGAAGGGCAUUGCCAAGGUGCAUCCUGAUAAGAUUCCGACAGACGCGACGACCGAGCAGCGAAUGAUUGCGGGUGCCGUUUUCAGUGCAUUGAACGAGGCGUGGGAUAAGUUCAAGGCAGAAAAUGGGCUCUGAAAAGAAUCAUUUGCUGGCACCCUAUACAUUUGCACAUACGCAGGGAACCUACGCCAGGUGAAUCAUUCAUGCCAAAGCACAUCACACAGCCGUCCAGGUGUCAAGUGUCCUUUGCACUUGUUUUCCUGUAAAUAAUUAUACAGAUUCGAACAAACGACAUUCACUCCAGGACUACCUCAUCUUGCCGCCAAUCUUAGCACCUUUAUUUGACUUCUU